AUGAUCAAAUCCGUUAUUCUCAUUGGGAUUGCCCUGUUUGAAUUGGUGGCCGCACAAUGCCCGGCCAAUUACUUCUACGUUGAUCCCCUAAAGUCGUGUGUUUCGUUUAACACUGGAGGCAGUACUUCCUUGUUCGCCGAUGCCGAGACUGCGUGCCAAAAAGCUGGCGGUCAUCUCGCGUCGGUUCACAACGCUUUUGAGAACUCGUUGGUUGCCUCGUAUGCCAGGAGUCGUGUUACCACGGACAAAUUCUAUGUGGGACUCUCGAGGAAGACCCAAGUGACACAAGAUUGGGACUGGACUGAUGCCUCUGUUUACGAUUACAGGAAUUGGUUGAAUGGAAAUCCAAAUGGAACCGGUCUAUGCGCAGUGGUCGAUAUCAACAAUCAAAUGUGGACGGAUGUCGAUUGCACCCAAGAAUACGAUUAUGCUUGCUCGAUCCCUUUCGGCUGUCCCGACGGAUACUCACUCUUCAACUACACCAACAUGUGCUAUUACAAAGGAAACGGUGGAAACUAUGCGAAUGCCCAAAAUACUUGUCACUCCGUCAAAGGUGAAUUGGCAUCGAUUCACUCAGUGGAAGAACAGAAUUUCGUCUCAAAUUUGGUCUUCUCACGAUGUGGCACUGGUCCACACGGGGGAAAACUGGGAGAAACGCUGCUUGGAGGAGUAUUCAAUAAAGGACAGGGAGUUGAAUGGGCCGAUAAAUCCCAAUCGGACUAUACGUUUAACCUUUGUGGACACACGGACGCCAAGGGGAGCACCGUUGUGAUGGCCGCUCAUCAAAAGGGAAGUGGUUGUGGAUCGUGCUAUGAUUCGAGCUGGUACAUUUCAAACGAGAGCCCAACGAACAACGGCGCCACUUACGAGGCUUUUGUCUGUAAAACAACUCCAUAUGGACAU